AUGAGCUCCGCAGACGGAGACAGCGAUGUCAGCGGUGGCAGCCAGGAUGUCAAUACCGCUGACGGAGCCGCGGCCAGCCUGCGCAAUGAUCCUGCGCCUGAUCUGGCGCGUGCCGAUUCGGAGCUCAGACAUAUUAUCGAGGAAGAGCAGAGAGAUCUGCGCGCAGAUUCUGGGGCUGCCACCAACGGGACCAACGGAACAAAUUUCCAUGGCUAUGGAAAGGUCAAGGAACAGCACACGCAGGAGGACUUGGAUCCCGCGAGCCCUUCGCCAUCGUUACCCAACCGGAACGCUUCUUUCAGCGCAAUGAGCCCAGAGGGUUCCAUCUCAGCACCUGAUGAUACCCCCUCCGUCCAGGGCUCCGCACUUUCUUCGCCCGGAAGUAGUGUUCCUCAAUCGUUCGCGUCAUUCGGUAGAGGUCAGCGGCCGCCAUCGCUGCAGCCUUUCGAACGUCGAUUCUCUGCUAGGACACCAGUCUCACCGCGCGAUUCGCCGAGAGCACUUUCGCCCGCCUUCCUUGGGUCUAACUCGAGGCAGUCGUCGCUCUCGAGCCAGCUCUUUCAGAAUCAGGAUGGAGCAGACACACCACAACCGCCAUGGGAAGUUGUGCGGUGGACAAGACUGAAAAGGAUAUCCGGUCAGGCUUUCUCAGAGCUUGGCAAACGGAAUUUUGGCCGACCAACAUGUCUGGCCGUUGCCGCUUCUAUCAUCAUUGGGACUUCAAAAGGGCUGAUCUUAGUUUUCGACUACCACCAGACGCUGAAGUCCAUAAUUGGUCCAGGUACAAAAGCAAUCGAAUCUGGCGCGGUCACUGCUCUUGCGAUAUCGGCCGAUCACACGACAGUUGCCGGUGGUCAUUCGUCUGGAAACAUUUUCACAUGGGAAAUCGCCAGAUCUGCGAAGCCAUUCCUCCACAUUCCACCCAUCGACAAACGGCAAGCUGAAAACCGGUCAUCGGAUGGCCAUCUCACCGAUGUGUCUGUCCUUCAUCUAGGCUUUCUGGGAACUCGCCAUACUGCGCUUGUGUCGGCAGAUGAAGGUGGCAUGGCAUUCUCUCAUCUCGCAACACGAGGCUUGGGGGCUGUCGGUCGGACAGUGAAGACCACCCGAAUUCUAGGAAGAUACCCACCUUCUGCGGGCGCUAUAGACCAGCCGCGGAAGUCCAGUUCUGUUCUUGCAUUUUCGCCGUUGCCUUUGGGGAACGUGGAGCAACCGACCGACCCACUCGGCCUCACCGCGCUACUGACACCCUACUUACUUGUAAUCGUUUCCACCACACCUAUUGCCGAGACGCAACACAAAAUGUCACGACCAAAGGAGAUAGUUCCCCACAGCACUUUGAGUGGUUGCUUGGCGUGGUUUCCCGCUGUAAAACUCAAGAGUUCCGGGGAGGACGGCCCGCAAGCUGUCUCAAAGACGAAACUCGUGUACUGCUGGUCAAAUGUGCUCACAGUCCUGGACGUGGAAGUUGCAGACCGGCGGGAGAAAGAACAACGACCUUCUCUUCGCUUCAGACCUCGUAGCAGAUGGAGGGCUGAGGAAGCAAUCGUUGCCGUACAGUGGAUCAGCCGAUCCGUCCUCGGCGUGCUCACAAUCAGCCAACGUCUCAUAAUCCUGGAAGAUAGCUCUCUUAGGAUGACGGACUCAUUUGACCUGAUCCAGAAGCACAUCUUCCAUCAGGAUCUGUUCUCGCGCCAGCUCCAUUCUGUAGUGGAGCAGUUGGACGAGCAGGACGACUCCAUGCACGGUGUUGUCGCAGAUGCUUUCUACAUGAGCUUUCGGGCCUACAAAGGCAGAUUGUUCCUUCUGGGUUUCAAUGACGUCUCGAUUGGAACUCUCUCGAACUGGGCAGAUCGACUUGUUGCACUCGUGGAAGAAGGAGACUACAUAGCUGCCAUCGAGCUGGCAACCUCCUACUACAACGGAGAUGCUGACAAACUUACCGUAGGGUUGCCCAGUGAUGAUGCUACUAGACACGGUUUAGUCCAGGAGAAACUACUGGAAAUGAUCUCCGCCUCCCUGAAGUAUACCUUCUCCAGGAAAGAAUCCUCGGGUGAUGAAACAUCCCGUUCUCAGCUAUUCGAGUUAGCGUCAGCAAGCUUUUCGGCAUGCCUGAGCAUGAAGGAGAUGGACUUCCUAUUCGAGGACGUGUACGAGGCAUUCCAGAACGCAUCGUCAGAGAACGUGUUUUUCGAGGUUCUGGAGCCAUACAUCGUCGAGGACGAGAUUACGUCCGUGCCACCGGACGUUCUGAAGGACAUGAUAACACAAUACGCGUCACAGACCCGUACCGACAGGCUUGAGGAAAUGAUCUGCCAUUUGGACACAGCCACAGUAGACAUCAACCAGGUCACGAUCCUCUGCAGGCAGUACAGUCUGUAUGAUGCACUGAUCUAUGUGUGGACCCGAUCCAUACGUGAUUACAUCACCCCGCUCAUCGACCUGCUCACCUUGGUCAAAGUUGUUUUGUCGGGUGGUGAGCCUUCCGGGCCGGCAGAAGAGCAAAUCCUCGCCUCCGCAAUGAAGAUUUUUCCAUACCUUGCGUAUACCCUCACCGGGCGCAUUUAUCCCGGUGGCAGUGUUUUGCCGGACGAGGAUGCCGAUAGCGCCAAAGAUGCGAUAUAUUCCUACAUUUUCUCUGGAAAACCCAUGGAGUGGCCCAAAGGCAGCGGCGACGUCUUCCAACCAUUUGAAGAUAAGGAAUCGGCCGAAUCAUUUCCUUAUUUGAGAGCAAUUCUCAAAUUCGACACACCAAGCUUCAUGAGCAUGCUCAAUGAGGCAUUCGAGGACUCCUACUUGAACGGAGGGCAGUCACCAAAUGGAACGGUAAAUGGCGUGUCGGCCUCCGAUCGAUCUUCCGGGAGAAGACCAACGCGCCAAUACAUCUUGAACAUCCUACUUGGAGUCAUGUCGGAGGGCCAGUUCGAGUCCGAGGAUACUACCUAUCUAUACAUAUUUGUGGCUCGCAAUCUCCCGAAGUUCCCACAGUACAUCAUUCUCCCUGGAAGCGCGCUUCACAAGUUGCUUGAGGGUCUCUGCGAUUACCCGUCCGAUGCUGUAGCGGACGACUGCCAGCUUAGUGUCGAGUACUUGCUUUCCGUCUACCACCCAACAGACAUCCAGUCGCUUGUUCCACUUUUCGAGAAGGCCGGGUUCUAUCGGGUACUCAAAUCGGUUUACAGCGGUGCGAAAGAAUACGCGCGUCUUGUCCAGACAUAUCUCAACGACGCCGACGAUCGUGCGGCGGUGUUCGAGUGCAUCAGGGACUGCUUGAGACCAAGCAAGGGGCUCAACAAACGACAAGUCGGCGAGGUUCAUGCCGUCAUCCUCGCUCAUGCAACGGUCCUUGCAGACAUCGAUGCCGCUCUGACAGCGCGGACGUUGAAAAACUCAGCACCCGUGCUCCUGGAGCCUGCUCUCGAUACCCUGGAAGCAGACCAUUACGUCCAGUUCCUGUUCCUCAGAGCGCUUUUGGAGCCAGAAGGCCAGGUCACGAAUGCCAAGCAGCCUCUUCCGGCAGAAAUUUCAGCAGCUCGUUUCAUCGAGCAAUAUGUGCAGCUUAUGUGUAGGUAUGAUCCCACGCACGUUGCCGACUAUGUUGGUCUUCUCAACUCGGGGGAUUUGCGGCUCGAAAAAGUUCUCCCAGCCAUGGAGAGCAGCGGCGUGGUCGAUGCGGCUGUCGUGCUCAUGGCCCAGGAUGGAUUGAUCCGGGAAGCCAUGGACAGACUGGUGAAACAUCUUGGCACACUGGAGACUGCCCUGGUCGGCCUGCUCGAUGCCGCCAGCGAAAGUCCCGACGAGUCGAACACGGAAGAAGCUGCUGCAGAUCUUCUGGAGGCAGUGCACAAAUACACCAAGAUUGGCACGUGGCUAUGCCAAGGCCAAACACGCAACAAGAGGAGACCAGCGGACCCAAGGAAGAGGGCUGUAAACGGGGACGUGGGCACUGAGAAGGACCUGGACCCGGACGAACUCCUCUGGCUCGACUUGAUCGACAUCACCGUGGCGAUGACCAAGCAAGCCUCGACAUCCAUCGCGCAACUCAACGCCAAAAGCCAAUCAGGUGCUGCGGCCAUCGACACGGAGAAGAUCACCGACAGCCUCCGCACCAACGUCCAACAUACAUUCAGCGCCCUCCUCACCUGCAUGGCCGCCAGAGACACCGCCAAACCCAGCAUCAGCACCAACCAAGCGCUCACCACCGCCGCCGCCGCCGCUCAGCAAAAACGCCAACUCACGACCACCAAAUCAACAAAACCAACCACGCCGGCCACCGCACCCGCCACCGCCACCGCCGCCGGCCAACCCUCCCCCUCCUUCCUCCGCAUCCUCCGCGCCUUCCUCACCCGCGCCGCCCUCUCCUCCCCCUCCCUCUCCGACCUCCGCGCCGUCCUCGCCUCCGUCUUCGCCGCCUACACGUUCGAAGAGGCCCUCACCCAGCUCGCCAACCGCUUCCUCGAGCGCGACGUCUUCUCCGCGCUCGAGCGGGCGCACGCGCGCCGCACGCGCGGCUGGCGGCCCAGGGGCAACGCGUGCGAGGGGUGCAAGCGCAGGGUUUGGGGCCCCGGCGCGGGGAGCGCGGUUUGGGACGCGUGGGAGAGGGGGAGGGUGCGGGCGGAGAGGGAGAGGAGGGGACGGUGGGCGGUUAGGGGGGAUAGUGUGGAGGCGGGGAGGGCGAGGAGGGGGAAGGGGAAGGCGGAGGUGGAGGGGGGGGAGGAGGAGGAUGGUGGUGAUCUGGGGGGUGAGGGGAGUGAUGAUGAUGAGGAUGAUGAGGGGGAGGGAGGUGGGGGUGAGGGUGCUGCUGGUGAUGGGAAGAAUGGGAACGGUGGCGGUGGUACGGUGGGGCCGUUGGUCGUGUUUGCUUGCAGGCAUCUGUGGCAUCGGUCCUGCUUGUUGAAGGACAAGAAGAAGAGACAGAAGCAGAAGAGGAACGCCGCCGCCGCCGCCGCUGCUGCGGCUGCGGCUGCGGCUGCUAAGCGCGCCGCUGGGUCUGCGUCUGGCGAGGUGGUGGACGACGAGGUGGAUGAGGAAGGUGAGGGUGCGAGAGAGUUUAGGUGUCCGCUGUGCCGCGAGGAGAGGGAUGCGGCGGCGGCGGCUGCUGCUGCUGCUGCGCUGGUGGUGUAG